AUGGCACGCAACAAGGUUCACAAACAGCGGUUUAGCUCUAAACGUGCGCGUUUGGGGAAGGCGAAGGGACGUUCCAUCACUUCAAACACCGCGGGUGUAAAGACAGUUCAGCCCAUGGACUCCAAGGAACGUAUUCGGAAAAAUGCGGUAUCUCAGCGCAAAAGAUCUGCCUUGGCUCUUCAAAGGAAGCGAAUGGGAGGUUCCGUUGGUGCUCCACGAGUGAUCGGGGUGAUUCCUGCAAAUGAAUCUGGAAACACUGAUUUGGUUGUUCAGGGCAUGUGUCAUGCUAUGGAUGGUGUUAAACCUGAUACUUGUUUUCCCUUCUCCGUGGUGUCUAAAGAAAAAAAGAUGGGUUUUACAUUUAUGUGGGAAAACCAAUACAAUGAUCAAGAUUGUAUUGAUAUUGCGAAGGUUGCCGAUUUUUUGGUCCUAGCACUGGACGCAUCUCAGUCAGUUCAACAGACGAUAAAAGAAAUACAAGACACCCCGGCUGCUGGUGGUGAUGAGGAUGACUCCAUGGUUAGUGGAACAACGUGGUUUGGAGAUAUUGGGUUAUGUAUUACCGACUUCACAAGGUCUAUGAUCACUGCUCUGAAUGCACAAGGCGUACCGAGCGUUGCGGUGGUUCUCCAAAAUUUGGACACCUUUACUGAAAAACAGCGUCAAAAGGUUUUGCGAGUGCAUCAACGUUACUUUACUUCAGUUCUUCCAGAUACGACAAAGACUUUUGCUAUUAUCGAAGGUCAUGAGUAUGGCGCAUUGCUGCGCCAUCUACAAGUCACAAAACUGCGUUCUUUGUUGUGGCGUGAGCAACAUCCCUACUUGGUGGUUGAGCAAGGUAGAUACUUUAGUAAUAAUCAAAAAUUACUAAUUGGAGGCUAUUUAAGAGGGAUGCCGCUUUCUUCUAAACAACUAAUUCAUCUUACUAAUCACGGAACAUAUCAAAUUGAGAGUAUCACUUUCAAUGAUCCUGCUUCUGGGGAUCCCCAAUAUGGAGAUUUUUCUGAUUUGGAACAGCGAGAGUCAUUGGAGCAUGUCCAAGCUAAUGCCACGUUUGAGGAUACUGAAGGACCCACGGAGGAGGAUUUGGCCUAUCAUCACUCAUUGGGUGCAAAACAGAUUAAGGUUCCUGAAGGUGUGUCAGACUAUCAAGCGGCGUGGUAUGAUCUUGAAGAAAAUGAAGUAUUAGAAGAAACCCCAAUGCCACUAGCCUCAAUGGGGGAAGAAGACGCAUUUGUUGGUGCGGAAUUUUUGUCACAUCGAACAUCAAAAACCGAUGUGGAUUUUCUUAAAGUGGAAGAUAUUAUUCGCUUGGAACGCAUGACUGAUGAAGAGCGUGCGGCAGAAAUUCAAAGAAUUCGUCAAGAAAGCGAAGAGGAUGCGUGGAACCCUGACAUGGUUGAUACACCUUUGAACUUGCCCGCUAGACAGAGAUUUGCAAAGUACCGUGGCUUAAAAAGUUUUUCAACGGGCAAAUGGGACCCUACAGAAAAUCUUCCACCACAUUAUGCUUACAUAUACAAGUUACAAGGCAUUACACGCAUUCGUAAAGCCGCGUUAACGAAAUGUGCUGAAGGGCCUGUGGAAAUUGGUCAUUUUGUUUACGUUACUCUUGUAGGAGUUUCACAAAAGGUCUGGGAAAACGCCAUGGCUAGUGGGUAUAUUAUUGCCUCGGGUCAGUUGGAACACGAGCAAAAGUGGUCUGUACUACAUUUCAAGGUUCAAAAAAAUGCGGAAUGGGAAGAACCAAUCAAGUCAAAGACACCCAUGUUGGCACACAUUGGAUUCCGGAAGUUUUAUGUGUCUCCUUUGUUUAGCGAUAUUACGGCAUCUGAUCGCACCAAAUUCGCUCGUUUUUUCCACCCAUCUGAAAAUUUUCGUCUGGCCUCAUUCUUUGGACCAGUUUCGUAUCAACCAUGUCCAAUUCUUUUGUUUGAGGUACCUUCGUUGGAGGAACAGGAAUCCGGAGAUUCGCUGCGGUUAGCAUGCUUCGGAGGGGUGUUACCUCCAGAUCCGGAUCUUUUGAUCUUAAAACGCGCUGUAUUGACGGGUCGUGUGGCGACGAUCCACAAAAAGCAAAUUGUAGUUAAAUACAUGUUCUUUAAUGAAGAAGAUGUGCGAUGGUUUCAGCCUGUGGACUUACAUACUCGUAUGGGACGACGAGGGAAGAUAAUCAAGGCUGUGGGAACGCAUGGAUUAUUUAAGGCUGCUCUUAACGAUCAAGUUAUGCAACACGAUCUUGUCUGCAUGGAUCUUUACAAACGCAUUUUUCCCAAAUGGACAACUUUACCCUUUAAUAUCUCCGAUAUAACAAAUUCUUCAAAUGAAGAAGUGUAA